AUGGAUGUUGAAGGUGUCGCAAUAGAUCUUCUGUCAAGAAGUGGUGCCAAUGUUGAUGAGUGCUGUGAGGCAAUUCCUGGAUGCAUCCUUAUACAAUCAGAUUUACAUUUCGGCUCUUAUGAUGUGCAGGAACAAGUUAGCUCCAGAGCUCCUACCUUUGAGAACUGUUACAUUCCUCAAGCAACAGCAAAUAUGGAAGCAACGGAACUAGGCUCCCGUGCAGCACCUCUUGGGAUCUAUUAUUCGAGUCAGCAGCCUAUUGGAUUCUCAUCGGUUUCUUCCGUGCAGGAUGGUUACUACGGACAUCCGGCAACCAUACAAGCAAUGGGUAACUUGCAUUCAAUUAAUGGACGGAUGAAUCAAUAUGAGACGCAACCAAGCAUCCAAGGAGCUGGACAGACAAGUUUCAGGGGAAGCGCUAUCCGUGGCUGCUACCACAUGGAAGGAACUCUGCACGACAUGACAAUGGAGUCUUCUUCACAGUUUCAGGGCUCUGGUCCGAGCCAUCCGAGUGAUCACCGUUUGUCCCACUAA